GCCCAAAAGGUAAAAAUAAUUUCUUUCCUCGAAUAUUUAUCCCUUUGACGAGCUUCCUUCUCAUCUGUGGGUGUUGGUGAAGAUUAUUUUCUUGGUGGAGGGGAUUUUGCUCUGUUUCUUGGGAGUGAUGGUGCGUCAAGAUGAGCCCGUGAUGGGUCAGGGAGGCUUGUGUGGAGUGACGUCCCCGGGCAUAGACUCGUUACCGCCCAUGGCAUCACCUCCCACUGCCGGUACAAAUGCAAAUGGCAUAGCAUCUGAAGUGCAGGAGUCAUUGACAACAUUACUAAGUGCCGAGGGGACAGUGUGUCAGGAUGAACUUAUUGCCAAGCUUCGCAGUGUUGUUAAUGAAAACUUGGAACUCAAAGAGACUAUUGCACAAAACAACUUGGCUCUGAGACAGCAGCUUGCUUUGGUAGUCAAGUGGAAUCAGCAGAAUGAACAGCAGCAGCAGCAGCAUCGUCACCAACUCCUGGAAUUUAGUCAGCAGCUUUCCUCUCUCCAGCAAGAAAAUGCGACGCUAAAGGCCCAUCUGGCUGGCACCAAGACUUCUGAAGUGUCUCAGCCACGAUUCCAAGAGCUCGACGAGACCAUAAGAUUGCUCAACACUCGGCUGGAAGUUGCAGAGAGGAAUUUACGGCAGGUUCAAGAUGACAAGGAGAAGUUAAUUGCGCAGAGGUCGCGCUUAGAAGGAGACAUCACCCUCCUAAAGUGUGACCUGACCACCACACGGAGCGAACAGGAACGCCUCCAGCUAGAGAGGUUUGAGCUCCUGAGUACCGCAAACGAGCUCAGGCAGCAGCUACGGCAAGUUCGAGAAGGAGCGGCGGCAAAGGCUCGAUCCGUCGAAGCUAGCCCUGUUUAUGAGGGUAUGGAUAAUCCACUUGGGGAAGUAGAAAUCAAGAAGAUGAAAGAUCAGCUUCGGAAGGAACAAGAUACCUCAGCCACCCUCCUUCAGGAACUCCAUGAUACUCGGACUCAGGUUGAAGGUCUAGAAGCAGAAGUACACCGGGCACAAGAAGAAACCUCCAUGUACCGAGAACGCUGCCGAAACUUGCAAUCCAAAAUUGAUGCUACCUUUGCACAUGCACCUACUGCUGUAGAUAGAAAGGAGCCUCUGGAUGCCUUGGAGAGAAAGAGGCUAAUGGAUGAGGCAGCCAUGCUGAGAGAAGAGGUUGAUACAUUAGAUGCAGCCCUGACAGCAGAAAGGCAGAAGACGGCUGAUGAACGCACAGCUCUAGCCAAAUCCCAUUCAGAGUUAAGUCGUUUGAAAAAGGAACUCCAAGAGACAAAGGAGCGAUUGGAGAGAGAAACACAGAAUGAUCAUUAUUAUCAAGUCAAGAUCAAAUCAGCAAGUGAGAAGUAUGAUGAGGCAACAGCCAAGCUCAUGUCAUAUGAAGAACUGCUGGCAGCAAAGAACGAUGAGUUAUCGAGACUGAAGAAGGAUCUUGGCCAAGCUAAGGCAUCUCUGGCUGAACGUGCUAGUGAGGGAGAGACCAUUGCAAUCCUCAGAGCUCAGGUUGAGGUGUAUCAGGGAGAUUUUAGAGCUGAGCGAGAGGCCAGAGAAGCCUUGGCAACAGACAGGGAGAAACUACGGGAUGAACUGCGGCACCUUCAGACGAGGAACACUCAGCUGGUAGAUGAAUUGGAGGCAUAUCAGCGAAGACAUCUCAACCAAGGGCAGGGUAGAGGAUCACGUGCAGCGUCGGAAGAACCAACAGCAUCUGGCGGAGGAGGAGUCUCGGUUCCUCACGGAGGUGGUGCCUUGCUCUCUCCUGAGGUCCUGUGGGAUAAGCUCUCCAAUACCUCAGACAAAAAGGAAGAGGACAAGAAAGAGGAGGAAAUUGAUGAAAAUCUGUUUUACUGCCCCAAAUGCAACAAAUCCUUUGCCCAGUACCGCCCUCUAGAAGAACACGUCAACCGAUGCUUGGACGAAGAUUAGGUUUUGGUUGAUAAGUAUAUGGUGUGAUUUAUGUUAAGGUUGUAGGUCUGUAUACAAAUGUAUCAUUUCUGCAUAAGGGCACUUUACAAAUAUAAUGGCAGCUGUACACAACUUAUAAAUAGAAAUAAGUUCUGCUGGCACAUUGCAGUUGGAUGUUUGCAUUCAGUACAGUUUUGUUGCACUUUGUACUAUACAACUUUCAAAUGUUCAAAUACCUCUAAGUGUAACUCUUGGAAAAAAGGAAAGAAAAACGAAAAUUACUGCAAAAUUAUUUAGAGACAUUGUUUUCAAAAUGAUGGUUAGACCUUCUACUUGAAGUAUGAUUAUAAAAAAAAUAAUAUCUAAAGAUAUAGGUUGAUUGCUUUCAAGAUUAAGGACUAAAAGGUUGUUCUUUGUCAGGGUCAAGAACCGAGAUCAUUAAUUGACAGUGCAGUAUUUUGCUUACAACUUUCAUAGGCUUACUCUUUGAAAACGGAGGUAUCGCACAUAACCUUGAUUUUCUUUUAAGAUUAUAUAAACUUUCUAGUCAUUGGACAGCAUAAUUUUCUUGGUAUUACAUUUGUUAAAUAUACAUGUUUAUUGUUAUAAUGUUACUUGAUUUAUAAGUUGUGGCAUUACAAGUUGGUGGUAGUGUGCAGCUGAGUAACAAAAGCUUCUAAAUAAAUAUGAAAUCUGUUUAAAUAACAAUUACUUUUGUUUUAUACUGACAUAUAGGCAGCUCUUUUUGUUAUCAAAAAGAUUAAUGUUGUAUUUGUUAAAAUUUGCAAAAUAGAUUAUAUGCAAUUAUUAUUUUUUUUAUUAUUGAUUAAUAGCCCUCAUUUUCCCGAUAUUUUGGAUAUAUUUUGAAAAUAUUCUAAACCAUUGUUUUUUGAGUGCUCUAAAUUGGUUAUUAUGUGCAACAAGCAAAGAUGCCUGCAUCUUUCUUAUUAGGAAUCCCCUACCAUUUGGCUAAUAUCCAUCCCUUUUUAUUAUCAGUCAUGGAGUUGAAUAGAAAAGGAAUGUUUAAUAAUUGGCUAAGACUUUUUUCUUUUCUUCUUCUGGCAUACGAGUUUUAUGAUGGUUAAACUUUCAUGAUCAGGUUGGGCACAGAGGGCAGCAGGCUGUGGAGAGAGUGUCUGGCUGGGUGGCCAGUACACCAACAUUUCUGACAUUGACAGGGAAUGGGUCGAUGUGGUCAGACAUGGCAGGACACUACUUUUCUAUAAACUUCAUGGGGGAGGUCAUGUCUAUAGAAUCUAAUUUUGGCAAUAUUGGUGUAAGACUUAUGCUUGCCUCUGGGAAGAACAGUGUAGCAAUGCCACAGCUUCUUAGUUGACGAGGCAGGUGAGCAGGUUGUUAUUUUAAUUCUGACCAGUCCUUGUCAUAGACAGGACAUUCAGUCGGGGAGAUGGGAACCGUUCCAGUACAAGUAUUAAGGGGGGAGUGAGGUUAUGCAAGACUAGGUUUGCCAUUGAGGUCAUUCAGGGUAGACCAUGCACAAGCUUGGGACUAUAAAAUAACCGACAAGGCGUAAAUGAUCGGAACGACUGCAAUAGGAAACUUUGCCUACUUGUUUUUGGAGACAUUGUUGGAGAAGGAUGGUAUUGUCAGAGUAAAGGGUUGUAGGGGGAAUCACAAAGAAUCGAUCCCACUUGGCUGGUCCAAAAAGAGUACUCGGAAGGUUUUCCGAGUUGGGAGUACUAGAAGGAUGAGAGCAGGAGGAAGAUGGUGGUGUGGAUGGGGGUGGUACUGUGGGGAGGAUGACAAUAGGGAUGGUGAGUAGUAAUAAAGGGGAGGGGGUGUACAAUAAAGAAGACUGUAGGAGAUAGAGUGGAGGAUGUUGGGAGAGAGGAAGGGGUGUAUUCUGAGUAAAGACCUGGGUGGAUGAUCAAAAUGGAUAAAGUUGACAACAGGCAGCAGAGCAGUGGUCGAAGGAGAGGCAGGGGUUAGGAAACCAGAUAUCAAAUUUUAACAGGCUAAUAAGGGUAAAAAGCAUUAUUAUUGGCAAUGGCGAGUCUGAAAUAAGUGGGGAAAAGAAAUUGAGCUAAACUCUCCAUCUCCUGAGCCCCCCCCCCUCUCUCUCUCCCCCCAUGACAACAAGAAGGGAAUGGGGGGGGGGGGGGAUUAGGUUUAUAAUUAGUAUUGGUUUAUCUUUUUAUCUUUCAAGAAACUAACAUUCUGAAAUUAGUGCUGUAAAUAUUUCUCACUUUGUAUCAUCAAAUUAUUUAUGCAAUUAAAUUCACUUGAAACCAAUUUUACAAAAAAUCCACUGCUUUAGGCUGCAUUAACCAGGCCACUGUGAUUUUAGUUCAUUAAACAUUCAUGGCUCCAGAAAUGCUUAAGUCACCAAGGAGUCAAUCAAUAGGCCUACCUGGUUUCACCUGCUUACCCUUUUUGUUGACUUUUUGGAAGACCUAAAAAUUACUAUUAGUAUUGUUAACAUAAUACAUGAUGGUCACAAUAACUAACAAUAGCGCAAGGAAAAAAAAAAAAAAAAAAAAAAAAGAAAUGGGGUAAUCAGAUGUGGUAGGAUAGACCUACUUUGGUGACUAAGCACUUGUAGGGUCGUUUAAGGAAAGUCCAGGGGAUAAGUAAUUCAAACAACAAGGGGGGCAAACUACUGAUUAGAGACCUAAUUUCACUUACAAAGCCGUUGCUUUACCUGCCUCUUGAUGUCACUUCUCAAGCAUAAUUGCUGACCAAAGCUGUCUCAAGCUACAGGAAUUUAGUUGAUAAACAUUCAUUAACAAAUGCAUAUUCAUGUUUAUAUUAGGUACCUAUAAGAUAUCAGAAGCCAUCGAGGUUAUUAAAUUCCAAAAUACUGUAUAACAGUCAAAAAAAUUAAAAUAAAAUAACCAAGACAGUAAAACAGCUAGCCCUCAACCACAGUUAUUUUCCACAUAUCACAAGAUUAGGCAGGGUGUCUCACUUUCAGGUUUUAGGUGUUACACGACAACCUCACUGCAACUGGAAAAGAUGGCACAGGUUUGUUCAUGCCCUGACAUUCUAGCCAAUACAAAGUGUGAAAUUUCAGGAAAAGAAGCUUUGAAAAAUAGUCAUGCUGGAACAAAUGUACUGCUGAAAUUUUUCAAGUGACACACCAGUGAAGCAUAUCCAAAGGUAUUACAGGUCUAACCACAAUUUGCACAUUACCUAUGAUCAUUAUUUUGUUAUUUUUUCUGUACAUGAUAAUCAAUAAAAUUAAUAAUAAAAUAAGAUAUAUAA